AUGUCACUCUUCUAUCGACUCAACGAACCACCAAAAGGCAUCUAUGAUCCACAAUAUGAAAUGGUUGUGGAAGCUUUCAGGAAGAAUUUUGAAGGUGGUUUCGAGCGAGAAGGCGCUCAUCUUACCGUCUACCAUAACGGCAGGCAGGUCGUAAACGUUUGGAAUGGAUUCGCAGAUUCGCAGUCCCAACGCAAGUGGAACAGCAGAACGAAAAGCGUCUUCUUUUCAGCCACCAAGGCAAUAUCAUCGCUGUGCAUUGCAAUGCUAGUUGAUAGAGGUCGUUUAUCGUAUGAUGAUUUGGUGAUUAAGUAUUGGCCGGAAUAUGGCCAGUACGGCAAAGAAAAUACAACAAUUGAGGAUGUUCUCACUCAUAAGGCAGGUAUUCCGUACCUUGAAGAUAUCACAAUGGACGACGUGCAUGAUAAUGAGAUAAUGAUGCAAAAAAUUGAGCGUGCGAAACCUCUCUGGAAACCCGGCACUCUAUCGGGCUACCAUGCGAUUACGUUUGGAUGGCUCGUAGAUGGAAUCGUCAGGAAGGCGGAUGUGAAACAUCGUGAUGUGAAGACGUUCUUUCGUGAGGAAGUUUCGCAAAAAUAUGGCAUCGAUAUCAGCAUCGGCUUACCCAGAGACGAGUUCGCGAACUUGGCUCGAAGCACACAGCCAGGACUCGUGGAGUACGCACGUGAUACUGUGGCUGAUCCGCGGAUGCUGGCGAUGCUUGCGCUGAUGUACUUACGCAUGCCGAAUUCAAUCGCCGCCAAACUUCGCAUGAAUCCUUCGUGGAUUCCACUGAAUUAUGACACCGUAGCGUUGAACGAUCCGGAUAUCGUUUCGUUGAAUAUGGGCGCGGUGACAGGUGUUGGAAAUGCGGAGAAUUUCGCCAGACUUUUCGCAUUGGUCCUUGACGGAACAUUGAUCAGCAAUGAGACGUUACAACUGAUUUCACGACCUACAGUUAAUACUUGGUAUUUAGAGCAGGUGAUUUCAUGCCAUUAUUGA